CAAGAGGAACAAUGGCUGAUGAUAACACUGCGAACUAUCCUUCCGUGAAAUUGUCCGAUUAUGCUCAAUCCUUAUCACCUGAGGCCCGACAAAUAUACGUCAACAUGCCCAGUAUGUACCUGACGGAUGCAGCAAAUGUUGCCAUUUUCCCUGUUGAGGAUGGUAGUUUCAGCUCCCUGGACCUGCGUGACCAUGACCACUAUGAGGUCCAUGGAGAAGCUGGGCAGACCCAAGAGAUGGGGCCAGCACCAGCCCAUGCACCAGCCGCAGGCUCAUCUCGCCAAUUUGCCUUUCGGAGUGGCCCACCAGUCACUGCAAACAUGAGCGUGCUGACAAGAUCGGUUUCCACUCCAAGGUCAUUUCACAGGGCCAUUCAUGUGUCCGACGUGGUGGAGGGGAAACUACUUUCAAGGAGAGUGGUCAUGGUGCGGUUUACGGAGGCGGAGGCAACUGUGUCCAUCAUCAUACACAAACUAAAGGUUGCCAUGGCAGACGAUGAGGACUACACCCUCACUGACACCGCCGGCAAUGAAAUUGUCGAAUCGGAAGGGACAACAGGAUCAAUGUACUGGAAGCAAAGUGCACGAAAAAUUUUUGACAUCAAGACUAGCACUUUCCAGCAGUGGCGCAGGCGGCAUUCCAGCCACAGAAAUGAAGACGUCCAGAGGCUGCAGGACCAAGUGGAGGAACUGCUGGAGGCAUCCCAAGGGCUGGGGGAAGUCACACGGAAUAUUGAUACCCUUGUGACCCUCAGCCGCAACCUGUCUCCAGUGUGGCUGGAAUUUAAACAAGCCUUCAUAUGUUUGGUCUGCAGAGCUACCAUGACUCGGCCCAUGUUUACAUCCUGCUGUCGGAGCCUGGUGGGGUGUGUGGAUUGUGUCCGAGAGUGGGAACGAAAUUCUAAUCAGUGCCUCAAGUGCAGGGAAGACCUGCCUACCUACACUGAGGUAGCAGGACUGUCUGCAGCACUAGACUGCCUGAGGUCAACUCAGUAGUUGUGACAAAA